AUGAUUGAUGGUCCUUUCAGUAAUAUACUUUGCACUCAUCAUAAUAAGCCGAUUACAAGAAUAAAGAUAUAAUAAGGUAUAAAUUCAGCUGAAAGACUUUUGUGUUCAAAAUGUAAAGGAGCAGGAGAAUCAAUUGAUCUACUUACAAACAUUUUGGAUUAGUUAUAAAUAGUAUUACAAUCAAAUCAACUAAAUUAUAAGAGUCUUCAAUUAAAAUUAUAAAGGCUUAAGUUAGAAAUAGGAAAUAUAAUAAAUUAAGUAUUUUCUUACAUGGAAAGUGCAAUUUAAUAAAGUGAAUUUGAAAUUACAAAAAUAAUGAGAUACAUAAAAUAUAAAGAUUUUUGUUAGGAAUUUUAAUUAGAGGAUUUGCAAAAACUAGUAGAAUUUGUUUUUAAUAUGGAUAUUUAAAAAAGUGUAAUUUAUAAAACAACCUAAUAAUUAAAAGAAGUCUAAUAAAAGUAUAGAUAUUAGAUUAUUAAACUGUUUGAUUAGUUAAAGGAUUUGAUAAAAGUUGAUUUACCAAUUAAGCAAGAGAAAUCAAACAAGCCACCUUUAUAUAAUAAAUAAUUUGAAAAAUAAAUAUUUGAAAAAAAAAAAGAGUAUGGAAUUGGCCUUGUAAAAGUAGCAAAAUUAAAUUAAACUGGAGAUCUUUUAAUCUAAGGAUAAUAUCCAUUCUAAUAAUUUAAGAAUUUGGAAAUUAAAAUAAUAGAUAAUAGUUUAGAAUUUCAGUCUUAAUUUGUAGUUGAUGAAGGGGAUGAUAGUGUUAAUUUAUCAGUGACUGCUUUAGCUUUAAAUGAGAAAUCUAAUUAAUUGUUUGUUGGAUAUCAAAAUGGCAUCAUUUCAACCUUUUAAAAUUCAGGAAAUGUUUGGAAUAAAAACGAUCAAUAAAAGUUUCAUGAAGGUGAAAUAUUAUUUUUGAUUAUGGAUUUUUUUAAUAAAGAGUUAUUGUCAGUAGGAGGGGAUAACAUUUUGAAAAGUUAUUCAUGUUAACAGGUUUUAAAAGUGAGUAAUAAAAUAAAAUAUUUUACGAAAGAGAUAAAUGACAUCUAAUUAAAUAAAGAUUUUAAAUAUUUACUUGUCAUAUUAGAAAAUUAGUUACACAUUUUUAAUAAUCAUAAUGAAUUUUCUGAAUUUUAAUAAAUAUCUUUUGAAAAUCAAGAAUAAGUAACAUGUCUAAGUCAAGGGAAUAGAUAAAUUUAUAUUGGUUCCAAUUUGGGAAAUAUCUAUAUAUAUUCAUAAAAAGAAAUUGGAUGCUAAUAUUUUAAAGUUAAUUCUUUAAUUUUUUAGUCCUAACCUUUAAUAUAAAUAUAAUAUUGUGAAAUAAGCAAAAUCUUGCUUCUUUAAUUUGAAGAUGGAGUAAUUCUUUAUUAGAAUGUUUCAGGUAAUACACUAGAACGUUUAUAAGAGAUCAAAGGGAAAUUUGAAUUGAGUAUCAUUCAUAAGCAACCCAAAAUAAUUUUAUUUUCUGAAACCAAAUCAAUGGCCUAUGUGUAUUUAAGAAAAGCCUGA